CUCUCAGUCGACGACGGUCAACUCCCACGCUAGCCAUGAGAUAGUAUGCAAUGGACUUUUGGUCUCGGCUCAUUGGCGGUUCCCGCGCGUCCGCGAAGACCCUUAGAACCACCUCACCUACGGAGCGGCUGGCGGCGUUUAAGCGGACAUGCAAUGCUUUGCAGCAAAUCUGGCGGUCCAGCAAUGCCACCCCCGGCGACCACGCCGCCACGCUGCACACCCGCAGCUGCAUCGACCGUCUGAAUGCCGUGCUGAGCGACGAGUCGCGCGGCCCAGCACCGCACCCGUGUCUGGCGUCGGCGUCGACUUCGCAGAUCUACGUGACGGUGACGAAGCUGGCCCUCUCGGCGCACGACGACGACAUCCUCCGCGCCGCCGCCGUCUUCUUCAACACGCUGAUCGAUGCCGAGCUGGACGGGGUGGUUGAUAGUCGUCUUUUCGCCAGGGCGCUCGUCGACCUCGUCCGCCGCGCUGACACCAGAGCCGAGGAUGUCGAGACCAGACUCGUCGAGCUGCUCUUCGGCGUCUCGAAUAAUAUCCGUCUACAACCUACCAUUCUCCCCGCCUGGUUUACCCCGCGUCUUGCCGGUGUUUCCGAGACGGACGCGACGAAGACAACAGAAAGCAGCAAUACCGUUGUGAAAGAGUUUGCCGGUGCCACAAGACGCGAUGAAUUUCCCCUCUUCUAUCUGCUCGUCGACUAUGUCCAUCAUGAGGGACGGGCGGGCGAUUUUGCCCGCACGGGGCUCCUGUAUCUGAUCGAGACGGCGUCCCGAUCCAAGCCGCUGGAGCGGUGGUUGAUCGAGAGUGAUCUGGCCACUCUGAUGGCCACGGGGCUGGGGGCUUUGUAUAGCCAGCUGGGAAGCCUCUCGUUUGAACCACACGAUGAGAAUCUGCCGACCGUUGUCGCCCUCUCGGAUCAACAGCAGGAUGUUUCAUUGCAUCCUCGUCUCGGACGCGCCAUGGAUUCGUUCCUGUCAUACUUGCUGUUCUGGCAGGAUACCAUUGACCACUGCAAAUCGCUGGAGGUGAACGGGACGCUGCUAGACCAUUUCCAGAUCUUGUUCCUGCAGCAAUUGCUAUAUCCCUCGCUGCUCGAGUCGUCCGACGUGGAAGGCGGGUCUACAUCGGCGGUGCUCACGUAUCUAUACCGGAUCCUCGAAUCGAUCGACCAGGCGGAUCUUAUCCAACAGAUCCUGCAGUACCUGCUCGCGUCCCCCGCGCACCCACACGCCACGCAUCCCGACAUGUCCGUGAGCCGACGCAAGUCGCUCAACGCCCUGACGGCGUUUGCCGAAGAGGCGGCGAAACCGUCGCCCUCGCUGUUCAACCUGCGCGACCUGGUGCUGCUGGGCCUCGAGUCGUCCAACCGACAGACCAUCCUAGCCACCCUGCGACUGCUGACGGUGAUCCUUCAACGGCACCACGCCUUCACCCGGUCGCUGGUCCGCACGGUGCCUGGCCCGCCGCCGCGGCCACGCACGGUGGGCGCGCUGAACGCGGAGCUGCGCCAGCUGUUCCAGCUGGCGACUUCGUUGGUCGUCGAGGAUGCCACGCUCGACAGCUCGUACGACACGUACCUGAAGGACGCCGCCUGGACGCUCGAAUCCCGCCUGUGUCUUCCAAGCUCGUCUGACGACGUCGCCGAGUACCCGCUCGAGCUGCGCCGGACAGACCCCAUCUUCCGGGAACUGCUGGCCCACCUGGAGACCUUCUUCACCAACAGCGUGGUGGUCAACCUCGCCCUGACGGAGGUUCUAGGCAGCAUCGCCUCAUCGCAUCUUGUCUCGCUGGACGGCUGGAUCCUGGUAGACCCGGCGAAAUACCAGACCGCAUCGAGCAUUGACGGUGAGGAGCAGGGGGUAGUCAUCUCGCGGCCCUCGACUCCCGGCGGCGUCGACUUGGCCCCCGAUCCCGCGUCGAUGCUGGACCAGAUCCAGCGGGCGUACGAGGAACCGACGUGGGCGAGCCGCGACACGCCCGUGCUGACGGCCAUUCUCCACCGUCUGGUGCAGGAUGUGGAGCAGUGGCGGCAGGAGAUCCCGGACUUUGAUAUCUUAAUUGCUGCCCGUCGAGCGCUGCUGCAGGGGUCAUCUCCUGCCUUGUCGGAGACCACCCAGUCCGCUCCCGAGUCAACGACAUCCCCGCGUGGCCGCCGGUCGGACGCAACCAUGUCUUCCCCGCCUCGUUCCUACGACCAGGACAGCUACGACAGUGAUCCUCCCUCCCGCUCCUCGUCCCCCUCGCCAAGUCUAGCGGCCGAGCAGCUCCGCAGACGCCUCGCCGCCCCGUUUCCAGUGCGUGCCUCGCCCAAGACGGUCGCCGAGCAGGCUGUUUCCGACGGGACUUCGGUCACUGCCAGUCUCGGCCAUGUGCUUACCAACGUGGCCAUCCUGUACGAGUUUCUCCUCGAGCUAGCUGCUCUGGUGCAGAUCCGGGGGGGUCUUUUUGAAGAGGUCGACAUGUAAUAGGUACUACUACGUACCCAGUACUCCUUGGUACUGGAAGACUGUACUGGAAGACUGUACUAGAAGUACAUACUUACAAUACCACAAAUAAUACAUACACAAAUAGGUAUACAUACCACAAACAAUACAUACCACAAAUAAUAUGUACAUCUAAUCUGAUUUGCC